GCUCAGCUCCUAUACUGCUCAGCUCCUAUACUGCUCAGCUCCUAUAUCACUCUCUGCAAUCUUCCUGCAAUAUUCCUGCAAUCUUCCUGCAAUCUUCCUGUAAUAUCUCUGCAAUCUUCCUGAAAUAUUCCUGCAAUAUCUCUGCAAUAUUCCUGAAAUAUUCCUGCAAUCUUCCUGCAAUAUCCCUGGAAAAUUCCUGCAAUAUCUCUGCAAUCUUCCUGAAAUAUUCCUGCAAUAUCUCUGCAAUAUUCCUGCAAUCUUCCUGCAAUAUCUCUGCAAUAUUCCUGCAAUCUUCCUGCAAUAUCUCUGCAAUCUUCUUGAAAAAUUCCUGCAAUAUCCCUGAAAAAUUCCUGCAAUCUUCCUGCAAUCUUCCUGCAAUAUUCCUGCAAUACUCCUGCUUUUUUUCCUGCAAUAUUCCUGAAAUAUUCCUGCAAUCUUCCUGCAAUUUCCCUGCAAUAUUCCUUUAAUCUUCCUGCAAUACUCCUGCAUUUUUUUCUGCAAUAUCUCUGCAAAAUACCUGCAACCCUUCUGCAAUAUUCCUGUAAUCUUCCUGCAAGCAUGCAGAACAAAAGGAAGGCGUUUGACAGGUUGUGUCCUAACAGGGUGCUGAAUCUAUCCAACCGGCCGAAUAAAAAGCCAGAGAGGAAGGUGGUAAAGCGGAUUUUUGCUGAGUCCUCUGGUCCUGUGACUAUCUAUGUGGAUCAGUCUCCCAGCUCAGUAGAUGCAGCUCUCUCCACCAUUGACUGGCAGGACCUGGCUGAUUGUAACGCUGUCAUACAACAGGACGCCACUAGGGGCGCGCUCGAGCAGCAGGCGCACUGCAUGCCAGGGACACCUGACUUCGACCUGCAGGACUUCAGGGAUGCUGUGGACAACUUCAUCGCAGAUCAGUCCUCCCAUAUGCAGACUGGAUUGGACAGUGGAGACUUCCAGCUGCCCCCCUGUGAGGUGUUUGACCAGUGCCUGGCACCUACUAUUCACUCUCAGUCAUGCCAGCUCAUGCCCAUCAACGUGCAGUCCCUCCCCUGCACAGAGCAGUACUGGAGGGAUAUGGCAGAUCACAAUCACAAAGCUCUGGGGGAUGCCUUGGUGCAGAACAAUCAGCUGCAUGUGUCACUGAAUGAGAAACAAGAGGAGAUCGAUUCACUUAAAGAGAAAAACGUUCAGCUCAAAGAACUUGCAGAUCAGGCGAAUCACUUGGCCUCUGUACUUGAUAAGCUGAUGAGUCAACGGUCUAAAGGCAUUUCCAAGCUCUCCUCUGAUGGUGUCCUGACAAGGCCACCAGUUAAAAGAAACCUGGAGGAGUUUUUCCAGCAGAGCGGCGAUCCGGAAUGCAAUCAGGUGGAUGAAAUAUUGCUGGAGAUCUCUAAGAAAUGCAACGCUGCCCUGAUGGGACAUGACUACACUGAAGCCAAGCGGCCCAGGCUACAGUCUGAUGACCCCAUGGACUGCCUGGAUGAGGAUUCUUCAAGGAUAAAAAUGUGUGGAGCCUUUCAUGGCCUUAAGACAUCCACAGGUCACAGCACAUUGAACUUAUGUGACACUAACUUAGAAGAAGAUGUCUCCUUCAGGACCUCCAUCAAAGACCACUCUACAAUCCGAACCCUUGCCUUCCCCCAGGGAAAUGCCUUUACCAUCAGGACCAGUGGUGGGGGAUAUAAAUUUAGAUGGGUCCCCAACUGAAUUUCAAUGCUAUCAGCUAACUACACUUCCAGAAUUACAAAGACUGCUUGCAGCUUGUGUUGCUAUAAGUCUGGACUACCACUAGGGGGUGGACAAUACUCAUUAUAGUCUCAGGGUAACUGAGUCUCUAUACAUGACUAUUUCAUUGGGCAUUCCCAUUCAAAGCAAAUCUAUCACACGUGGCAGGACUGCAGUGUUGUAGAGCAGACUAAAAAAUGCUUGAUUUUGUUAUUAGCAAGCAAUUAGCAGCUUAAUGUCAACAAUCCUGAUGCCUUCAAUUUUAAUCUAUAGCAGAAAGCUUAAAAAGGAAAAGCAAACUUUAUAUUAGCACUGGCCAAAAAUGCGUCUCAUUUCCUUGGCCUGUCAUGAUGCAUAGGAAGUCUUUACUUACAAGCAUUAGAGGUGUGCUUAAUAUACCCCGCAUCCUUUAAAACUUCCGUGUACCUGGCACUGCAGGUAGACAUUCAAAAUGGCCAUAUGCUGUAAUAAGGGCUUGGAUCUACAGGCUUUGGGCUUGUGUUGAUGAGUUAAGGCAGUGUUUCUCAACUCCAGUCUUCAAGGCGCCCCAACAGGUCAUA